AUGGCCCUGACCUCCUGGCUGUUGCCGUGGGGGCCCCCGCCCCUACUGCUCCUUCUGCUGCUCACUUCCUGCUUCCUGUCUGAGUCAGCUUCGACCACGCCCUUUCCCAAAGACUUGGAGCCAAUCAGCGUGGUCAGCUCGGAGCAGUCGUAUCAGUAUCCAGGUUUUCAGGGUCUGCUUCAGGACAACGACACACUGCGUCUGGGUCUGGACUUCCAGAGGAUGUUACGGAUCAAUCACGUGUUGUACAUCGCAGCAAGGGAUCACGUGUUCGCAGUGAACCUGACGACGGCGUCGGAGGAGUUCGUCCCGCGGCUGAAGCUGACGUGGAAGUCCAAAGAUGUCAGCAAGUGUACGGUCAGAGGGAAGAACAGCGACGAGUGCUACAACUACGUCAAAGUGCUGGUGCCCCGAAACGAUGAGACCCUGUUCGCCUGCGGCACCAACGCUUUCAACCCGACCUGCCGAAACUACAAGAUGACUUCCCUGGAGCAGGUCGGGGAGGAGGUGGUGGGUCAGGCUCGCUGCCCCUUCGAGUCCGGGCAGUCCAACGUUGGACUGUUUGCUGGUGGAGACUUCUACUCGGCCACCAUGACGGACUUCCUGGCCAGCGACGCCGUCAUCUACAGAAGCCUGGGAGAAGGCCGACCCGUCCUCAGGACGGUCAAAUACGACUCCAAGUGGCUCCGAGAGCCGCACUUCCUGCACGCCAUCGACUACGGGAACUAUGUCUACUUCUUCUUGAGUGAGAUCGCAGUGGAGUACACCACGCUGGGCAAGGUGGUUUUCUCUCGGGUCGCCCGGGUGUGCAAGAACGAUAACGGAGGAUCUCCCAGAGUUCUGGAGAGAUACUGGACUUCCUUCCUGAAGGCUCGGCUCAACUGUUCGGUUCCCGGAGACUCCUUCUUCUACUUCGACGUUCUUCAGUCUCUCACCAACGUGCUGCAGAUCAACCAGCGACCCGCGGUGGUCGGAGUCUUCACCACUCAGGCCAACAGCAUCCCCGGCUCAGCCGUUUGUGCCUUCUACAUGGACGACAUCGAGAAGGUGUUCAACGGGAAGUUCAAGGAGCAGAGAACCAGCGACUCAUCGUGGACUCCAGUACCCGACGAACAAGUGCCGAGACCGAGGCCCGGUACGUGUGCAGGUGACGGUUCAGCUUCAGACUACAAAUCUUCGGUUCAGUUCCCAGAUGAGACACUGACCUUUAUCAAAUCAUAUCCUCUGAUGGAUGAAGCUGUUCCCUCUGUCAAUGACCGGCCCUGCUUCACCAGGACAUCCAGCAGGUCCAAGCUGACCCAGAUUGUGGUGGAUGUUUCUGCCGGGCCUUAUAAGGACCGAACGGUGAUGUUCCUGGGCUCAGACGACGGACGAGUCCUGAAGGUUUUGGCCAGCACGCAUCCAAAUGACAGCUUUGGAUCCAAACUGCUGGAGGACAUCGAUGUUUACAACCCAUCCAAGUGUAACGUUCAGGGUCAGGAGGACCGGAGGGUUCUGGGCCUGGAGCUGGAUAAAGACCAUCAUGCCCUGUUUGUGGCCUUCAGCAGCUGUGUCAUCAGAGUGCCGCUCAGCCGCUGCACCCAACACGGAGCCUGUAAAAAAGCCUGCCUGGCCUCUCGUGACCCAUACUGCAUCUGGCUUCGGACCGGGAGCUGCGCCAACGUGGCGCCGGGUUUCAAGGCGGGGUUUGAACAGGAUAUCGAGGGCGACCACUCGUUUCAUCCGGACAGCUGCCGCGCUGACGUGUUGGCAACGACACGGAACCAGGAGUCUGCAGCUGACUCCGCCUACGGCGUCCGUCGCCCUCCGGAGAUGGAGCAGCGUGCCGGAGCUAACGUCCACUACACCCUUCUGAUCGCCUGCGUGCUGGUGGCCUUCUUUCUGGGCGCCAUCUUGUCGGGGUUCCUGGUGUCGUGCUAUUGCAGCCGCAGCGCCGCUCACCGGGCCAGGAGGCUGGGAAAGGACCCGGAGGCGUCACUGCCUCACGCCCUAUCGCUACGAUCCCUCGCCAAGCUCAACGGGCUGCUGGACGGACAGCCGAAGGAGGACAAACUGGACGUGUCCACCCCAAAGAUGUACAGCUCCUUCAUCCCCAACGGCCGGGCCGAGCAUCACCUCCACAGCCCCGCACACCAGGGCCUGCCGCUGGGAGACCCCGAGCUCAGCCUCUCUCAGUCUCUGUCACAGGGGGAUGGCGAGCUCUCCGGCCUGCCCACGCCAGACUCCACUCCAGAGCUCCCCAUCAAGAACAUGAAGGCCCUGCGGCACCAUCAGUAUGAGAAGAACCAGAACUGCAACAACGCCAUAGACAAACCCAAAUCAGGGCCCAGCUGCUCCGGAUCCAGUCUGGGAUUCAUGGCCGUUGUUGGAAACUCCUUGACUCAACAAGUGUUUCCCUUCUCUCAUCACCACAGUAACAGUUUAAGCAACGGGGCAGCUCACGGAGCUGGCGCCUCUUCGACUUCACUGCACCUCCCUGAGGAGAGGAAGAUCUCCAAUGAUGAGCGAGCAGCAGCAGCGGGAGGAGCAGGAGUCAUCCCGCAUCACCACCACUCCCAGCAGUCCCUCCCGCAGACAGUGGUGGAUGUGUCUGCGCUGGACGAGCUGCUCAAACACAUCCAUGAGGUCAGCGCGUCGGGAACCGGCGGCAUCAAAGUCCUCACCUCCACCUCCUCGUCCUCCCUGUUCCCCGGGCCGUCCAGCUCCUCCGGAGGGCAUCAUCACAAUCACCACCACCAUCAUCACAGUCACCACGGACAGACCCGCACGCACCACUACAACCACGGCCAUCACCACAGCAACCACCACAACAAUAAUACCAGCGGGCCUCACCAGCAGCAGAUCCCCGAGACCGCAGCCACGUCGUAUUACAGCACCUCUGCACUGCCGAGCGAUGGCCUCCCCAAACGCAUCGAACCACCUCCUCAAAACUCCACCUCCUCCUCUGCCACCUCCUCAUCGUCAUCAUCCUCGUCCUCCAACAACCCAACCUCCUCCACGUCCAUCCCAUCCUCCUCCUCCUCCUCCUCUUCAACUCCGCUCCAGCAGCAGGUGAUUCCAGAAAGACCCGGAGGAGGCAGCGGCGUCUCCGUGACGCGCCACCACUCUCAGCGUCACUCCCUCAUCAAGAUGGGCAGCGGGAGUGGCGCAGUGCCCCGCCACCACAGCUUCAACCAGCGGGGGCCGCAGCACGCGCAGUUCCUCGCCAGAAUGAACACCAACAAUAGCAGCAGCAGCAACAACAACAACAACAACAACAGCCCCGCAGGCGCCGGCGGGGCCAGGAGCACCAACGGUGAGAGCAAGCAGCCGUCGGUCGCCAGCGCCUGCCUGACACGGCAGCACAGCUACAGCGAAGGGCCACACAUUCAGCGGGCGGCGAUCGUCCGGAGAACGGCGUCACUCAAACCCCAAAUCCCACCGAAACCGCUUUUCCUGCCAAACACAGCCACGUCAGAGGUAGCAGAGGCGGGAAAGUACAACUACUGAGACUGCAGGAGGCUGGGCGCCCCGCCAACAUGACUGCUACAGUCCUCACUGAGUAAAGUGCUCCGCAAACGCCUGCUGGGUUUGCGAGAAAGGACGAGAUGAGAGCGCUGAUGGGCCAGAAAGACACAAAAGAGACCCGGGAGCUUUUUGUCCCCAUCACUCCUCGCAACAACCCCUCAGCUGUGGUUAUUUCACCGUCUUUUGCCUCGGUGAGUCGCCACUCAAACAGCAUCACUGACUCAUCCCAUCUGAGGCCGGGGCUCAAAACCAGCACGAACCAGAAAACAUUCCAAAAGCAGGGAGCGUCCCUGAGGCUCGAGGUGGCCUGAAAAUUCCAGAUUAAUGCAGUUUUCUUAGGAGUGCUUUGAUCUGACGUCCCUGGUUAUUGCACCUUGGCACUGGGCCCAGAUUUCAUUUGCAAUGAUUUAAAAAGCAGGAAGCUGGCCCGCUGCAGACCUGACAUGACCUGAUCCUGGGACCGCCGCAUCACUCCGAGUCCCACGAUGGCCGCCGGAGAAAUCAAACAAAAAUCAUAUUUUAAGAAAAACCCAGUGGAUAAUUCCUCUCUGUCUGUCUGUGUGUGAAUGUGGGCUGGAAAAUUGAAAUUGACAGGAAGGUUCACUCCCCUUCCCUGUGGGGGAAAAACUGCAGAUUUUUGUUUUCGUGGCUGCAAUUUGUGCAGACCGACACAUCAGCAGCACUCUGAGGCAGAAGAGAAACUCAGUGAGCUCCAGGGUGUCAGCGAUCGGCCCGAGAGUGCACGCCAGCUCCAUCAAUGACCCUUUUUAUACCAUAUUGGUAUCUGGAACGACAAAAAGCAUCAGUGGAGCCCAGCAGGAGAUCGAGGAGGGAGUUCUGAUAGAUUCCCUUAAAUUACUAACUCAUGCUUCACUUUAAUGAUUUGUACCACUUAAUUGAUCCUCUUGAAUGAAAAACUGUCCUCAAAUGACUUAUUAGCCCGUUUCCCCCUGAACCCCAGGACAUCCGCAGGAUCUAAAGAAUGUUUAACAGCUGAACGUCAGCAGGUCGUUUCAGGCCUUUCCUUCAGUAAUUUGAGGGGAAACUAUUAGACGUGUUUUCUCUUCACCAGCUGAGCGUCACACUUUUGAAAGAAUGAAGUCUGGUCUUAAAAUGGCAUUUCACCCAAAAUACAACCACACUCGUGUUCUUAUUCAUCUCCUGGGCCGCGGCGUCCAGAGUGGGUGUCGAGGCCCGCCGGGCCACAGUGAGGACAGACCAGAGGUGAGGGAAGGGUCGCUCAUUUCCAUAAUUUCACCAACUUAUACUUUGUUUUCUGACAUGACAGAAAGACAAGAAAAUGCAAUAAUCAGAGUUUCUGAAGUGUCCGUGCCUUGCACGAAGCUCCGUGAGGCUCUGCUCUAAGCUAAUGCUAAUGCCAGGUUCAUGACUCCCUGCAUACAGGAAAUGAUGUGUUCAGACUAGCGCUUUGGACGGCCCAUUAAACCUUUCAGUAAAACAGUAAAAUGUGUUUAAUAAGACUGAAGCAUCCAUUAGCACACACUCCAAACUCUCCUGCUUUCACAACAACUUCAGCACAUGAGCUACAGCCGUGAGUAACCCAGGCGUGAUUAAUUCUCCAGGUGUUUGUCAAACCUGAGAAAAAAAAAGGUAAAAUCAAAAUAAUGAUGAUGAUGGUGAUGAUCAUAAAAACUGCAGGAACUCGGGGCUGACGGAGGGCAGCUCCACCAUUUAGCUUUUUCCAAAAUCCCGGAUGGGAAACUGAGGCGUUCUGACCAGAGGUGUGAGUGUACCAAAACAGCAUCAGGUAUUACGAACUGGUGUCAAACCAAAAACUGAUCAUCGACACAGAUGAGGUGUCGUGUUAUCUUGGUGGCGUCUGAGAGGAGAUUCUUACCGGUUAGCUAUUCCAAGUUUGACCUUUUUCUUAAACUCCAUCAGUUUUUUUCAGCGUCACUUCGUGUCCCGGAGUAGAUAUUUUGUCCAAAUUCUAAUUCAUUCCCAAACACUCUCCUUCCGUCUACUGUAACUCGGGGUCAAAGUUACAGCUGCUGAGGGGUCUCAAUUACAGGGUAAAGUGGAAAUGUAGGGCCCUCGCCUUUGUUCAGAGGACAGCGAUUUUAUCGCUAUCACAUGGAUUCAGAUCGUGUCCAUCACUUACUGGAAAAUGCUCCAGAUUAGGUUUCAUUACAGCUUUUCCAGAAUGUUCCGACAUGCUUUUCUUUAGAAGCACUUUGCAGACACAUGCACAGAAUCUCAACAGAAGCCAUUUCAUUUUGUCUGUAGUCCUGAAAUAAUCACGAAACAGAAAAGUAGUUCGUAAUCCUGCAUCAGCGCAGACUUUAAGUGGAAGUUUUAUUUAAUGCAGUGGACCUGAGUCAGGCUGAACUGGAUUAGGACGUGUUUCUGUUAGGGGGCGUUGCCCUAAAAGAGCUCAAGUGUUCUGAGGUGGAAACUGACCUGUUGUCUGCAGCAGAUUUUAUUAGCAUUAAUCCAGCAGUUGAAAUGUUUCGGUCUGGCUCACCUGAUGUUGCAUUGCAGCCUCCGUACACCUGACCCUGCAUUAACAGGACCAACAGAUGUCCUCAGGCUUGUUUUUAACUUGAAGUUCAGUCUAAUAAGGUCCCAGUAUUCAGUGAGAACACGCAGGCAGAUUAUUUUGGUGGUAAUUUGGGUGAACGUGUGGCUUUUUGAGCAACUUUGCUUCAUUCACUUUUCCACACUCUGCAGUGUGCCGUCUGUGGGAGGGUUUCUUCACACUUGCUCCAAAAAUAUCCGGCUGUGAAGUGAAUCUGCUGUUUCCUGUUUUAUUUUUACCUCAGUGUUUAUUAGCGGUUGAGAACACUUUCUGUUCAGUUUGUGCUCUCAGCCUGCAAACGGUUUAAGACUAAACAAUCAUCUGCAGCAGUCCAGGCAACAUUUUGAAGCAACACGGAUGAGUGAUGCUGCCGGCAACAGCAAUAAAAGUUGAUGGACUGGGACACGGUCCCUGCAAAUAAACGAGCUGUGAGGAAAUGAGGUGAAUCCAAGCAGCUGCCUCUCCGUGUUGCCUCAGCACGCGCAGGUUUGAAAAACACUGAUCCUGAUGUCGACUCUUUGUGAACCGUCCCGGCCGCGCUGCUGCGUCUGCACGUUCAGGUCUGUUAGCUGCACAAGUGACAGUUUCACUGUUCCAAAGACACGACUUCAGAUGGAUUCAGGUUUUUGCAAUAAACACCUGUCACAAAAAGAGUCUGCAGCAGCUGAGCUUAGCAAAGAAGGUAUAUUUACUAAAGGCAGCAGCAGCUGUUUGAAAUUUAAGAUUUAAUAACUAAGCUGAGUGAACACGGCACAAAUCAACCAAUGAGCCGACUGCCAUAAAACGACACAAAAAAGAAAGAAGCUUUGUGAUGAUUCAUCAUUUCUACAUUUGCAGUUUCAGUGCAUAAAACCACAUUAAUGGUUUUAGAUCUAUAAGUGCAAAACAGACACCAGUACAAGUGUUCUGCUCCUUUGCCGCGUGUUGCAUCUGAAGUUUUGAAUAAUUUCAUUUGAGCAUCUGGUUUUGCAUGAUGCUUAUUUCUAAGUUAUCGUAUCGUGCUCAUUCCAGUUUUGGAAGUGUCGGUCUAGAAAUUCUAAAUAUAAUUUUUUUUUGGACAUCUCUAGAGCCUGUGUUGAAAUAACUUGACUUUACCUCAUGCUGAACAGCAGCACCCUCAACCUCUAUGUGACCGCUUUUGGUUGCAAGGCACUUGCACAGGUUGGCUGGUGGGAGGCAACCUGUCUCCAAAUGAUCACAGUCCAACUCAGACUGACUGCAAUCCCUCUGACUGUGGAAGGUUUGCAAAAAUCCGCUGUCUGAUUUAUAAACACGUUGCAGUCACUCAGCGCCACAGAUUACAUAUAGGUUGACUCUGUUCACUUGCAGACUGACUCCCUCUUAUCACAUUUUGCCGCCGUAUUGAUGCACCAAAGUCAUCUUGUAAACGCCAGCUGACUGUGAGCGCUCACAGAUUUGAAGCAUCUGUUUCAAUGAGAGUGCAAGUUCAUUGCACAUGGUUUGCAUUGAACUGGUGUGACUGUAGCACUGGCAUUGUGGGGGCCAGAGCCCAUCACAGCAUUUUUAGGGUGAGUGGUGGGGCACACCUGGACCGGUUGCAGGUCUAACACAGAGAGACAGACACACAUUCACACCUACAGCCAAUUUGGAAUCACCAGUUAACUUAACGAGGGUGUCUUUGCAGCUUUGAAGCUCUGAUGUUAAAGAGAUACCGAUUUCUUGUCAGCUCUGGCUGUUACAUAGUAUGUGGAAAAAUAACUCAGAUAAAUAAAAUAAAGGGUUAAAACAUCAACAAGAAGAGCCUAUUGAGAACCUAUAGAG